GCGGUGAUUGGAGGGGGUCCGGGGCCGGGCCGCAGGCGGGGCCGGGAGGUGACCGGCAUCAUGGCGUCCACGCCGCCGCUGCGGGACCGUCUGAGCUUCCUGCACCGGCUCCCGAUUCUUCUGAAAGGAACGGCAGAUGAUGAUGUCCCGUGUCCAGGCUACUUGUUUGAGGAGAUCGCUAUGUGUGCCAGAAAUCUCCCACGAGUCCCUGGGCAGCAGCCAGUGCCUCUUGGAGUACCUUCUGAACCGUCUGCACAGUGGCUCCGGCCGAGUGAAGCUCAAGGUGCUGAAGAUCCUGCUCCACCUGUGUGGUCAUGGCUCCUCGUCUUCCCUGCUCAUCCUCAAACGCAACCCCGCCUUCAUCCAGGAAGCUGCAGUGUUUUCAGGCCCCCCAGAUCCUCUCCAUGGGAACAGCUUGUACCAGAAGGUGCGGGCGGCUGCCCAGGACCUGGGGAGCGCCCUGUUCUCUGACACCUUGUCACCUCUGCCUCCCUCCCAGCUGUCCAGGGCCCUGCCUCCAGCAGGCAUGGGCUCGCAGUCCAGACCCCAGAGCGCCCUCCAGGGCUUCGGCUACAGCAAGGAACGGGGCCGCAUGGGCUCUGCGGGCGAGGGCUUCUUCUCCACCAUCCAGAAGGCUGCAGAGGUGGUGGCCAACGCUGUGCGCCCCGGGCCCGAGAGCCCCACCACCCAGAGGUCCCUACCGCGGGGUGAUGCCUACCAGCCUGCCAUGACGCCUUCAGCCAGCCACGGUGGCCAGGCUUCUGGGAAGCCGCUCUCCAGAGCCCGCCCAGGUGCCCGAGGAAGUGUCCUGAGACCCCAGCCUGGGCAGGCUGGAGGGGGCUGGGACGAGCCAGACAGCAGCUCCAGCUCCCAGACUUCCUCCCAGGAGAACGGCGACCCAAGCAAGGCCUCGGACUCAGGCAGUCGGUCGGGCAGUGACAGUGCCUCGGCGGCUAGCCAGGCACCCAGUGACCUGGCAGAGCGGGUUGAGGCCGUGACCCUGAGUGACUGCCAACAGGAGCAGAGCCUGGUCCAGACUGUGACACGUGGGCCACGCGCCUUUCUGAGCCGAGAGGAGGCACAGUGCUUCAUCAAAGAGUGUGGGUUGCUCAACUGUGAGGCCGUGCUGGAGCUGCUGACCCGCCACCUGGACGGGCCCAGCGAGUGCGUGCAGAUGAGAGCCCUGGGUGCCAUUGCAUCCCUGGGGCGCACCGACCUGCUCUCCCAGGAGCACAUCCUGCUCCUCACCCGGCCGCGGCUACAGGAGCUCAGUGCAGGCAGUGCCGGACCUGUGACCAACAAGGCCACCAAGAUCCUGAGGCACUUGGAAGCCUCCUGCCGGCAGCGGCCCCCUGCCUGGAGGCCCCCAGCUGAGCCGGGCCCCGCUGCUGCCCACGUGGGCCCGUCAGACCUGCUGACUGACACCGUGCCUUUCGCUGGGAGCCAAGCCUUCCUGCAGCCUCUGAGUCCCACCCUCUUCCCGCCCAAGGACUCUGCGCUCCCCCCUCCCCAGGAUGGCUCCUCCCUCUCAGUCCCCAGGGAUGCCAGGGAGGUGGAGAGCAGACUGGCGGGUUCCAGAGAGCAGGGGGCCCCAUCUGAGUGGAGCCCGUUGGGCACAGGCUCCCCAGAAGGAGCGCCAGAACUUAGCCCGGGGCCUAGCAGCUGCCUGCAGAGCCCGGCAGCCAAUGGCAGCUGCAGCUCCUUGUUUGCUGGAAUGGAACUGGUGGCUUGUCCCCGCCUGGUGGGGGCCGGGACUACCACAGAAGGGGCCCCCCAGGCCCCCUGGACAUUGUCACAGAAGGUGGCAGUGAGAGAGCCUCCUGGCGCAGAGCCAUCAGCUUUUCCGUUUUUAAACUCAUGACCUGGCCAGCCUGGGCCACACGUGGAGUCCUCAUGGCCCCCGACCUCUCACUCCCAGGACCCUGUGACUUUGUGUUGUCCUGUUUGCCCACAGCCCCCAUGUCCCACCAGGAGUGGUUCCCUUUGGGCGUCUGCAGCCGGCCCUGCUUUCCCUCCGGCUGCUUCCCCUCACUCGCAGAGGACGAGGGACAGGAGGCGGCUCACGAGCCAAUCGAACAGCCAUUCGUCAAGCCUGGACGAUACGCCAGGAGUCCACCAGCCAGACGGAGCCAGGCUGCACCGUGCAAAGGAAUCCAACGGGGGCCAGCUCCCAAACGUUUUCCUGCAGGAGAAGAUGGACCCCCCCCCCACACACACACGGGCCCUUGUGGGUGUGGUGGCCGCAGGGAGAGCCGUGCCGGUUUCUAGGCAGAAUUAGGAGCUGAGCGGCUUGUUCAGAUGGGCAGCUGUGGGCCUGGACUGCUGGGUUUCCUGCCAUGCAGCCGUCUGGUUGGGUAGGGUGACCACGCCAUCUGUGUGGCCCCAUCUGGAAACAGGCCCCUCUCCCCGCGGCCAGAGGGAUGGGAGGCGGGAGCUGUGGGGCAGAGGCUGCAGCAUGGCCUGCCUGGACGGGACAGGAGGGGAGGCCUGGCUCCUCGCUCAGAGCGCACACGGGCACAUGGAGAGGGGCACCCAGCUCCACUGUGGAGGACGCGACAGGAGGAGACUGAACCCAGGCCAUGACUCUUGCCAAGCUGCUAGUGUUUCCAGGUGACUGCAGAGAGGAGGGCACGGGCCUGCCUCAGUUUCCCUCCAUGUCCCCUGUACCAGAGACUAGCUGUUUGGACUUGAAUCCCUGUAGAGCGGGCAGGCUUACAACAGGGCCUCAGCAGUGUGGCCCUCAGGGGUCCCCUGGAGACCCACGCCUGCCUCGCAGAAACAAGGCUUUCUGUGGAUGUGGAACCACUGCUUGGGUCUUUAUGUUUGAGCUCAGAUCACUGCCCCCUUGGUGUCCUGCUUCCUGCAGACUGCCCGGGGCGGUCACACCACCUAAAUGUCCUAAGUAAACGCUAGUGUUCCCACA